AUGUCCGACCUCAAGAAAAAGCUUAUACUCAAUGCAUUCGUCAUGCAGACCCCCAGCCAUCUGAGUGCUGGAUCCUUCCGCGCCCCGGGAGACAAGGGGCGUGAGUACAACAACAUCCACCACUGGGUCGAGCUUGCGCAGAAGCUAGAAAAGGCCAAAUUCCACGCCAUAUUUUUUGCCGAUGUGUUGGGAGGCUACGAUGUCUACAAAGGGCCUACCAACAUUGCGCCUGCGUUGCCGGCAGCAAGUCAGAUACCGUUGUUGGAUCCGCUGUAUACCGUGCCUGCCAUGGCUGCGGCGACAGAAAGCAUUGGCUUCGGGGUUACGGCCUCGACCACGUAUGAGCCGCCUUAUUCUCUGGCGCGUAGAUUUUCUACUGUCGACCACCUGAGCAACGGGAGAGUUGCUUGGAAUAUCGUAACCUCAUACCUAGACUCUGCUGCUCGAAACUUCGGUCUUGACACGCAGGUCGAGCACGAUGAGCGGUAUUGCAUUGCAGAUGAAUAUCUGAAUGUGGUCUACAAGCUCUGGGAAGGGUCCUGGAGGGACGACGCCGUGGUCGGACAGGGGGACAUUUAUGCGCGACCCGAUGCAGUCCGCCAAAUCCACCACAAGGGCAAGUACUUUACGGUUCCGGGACCUCAUCUCUGUGAGCCUUCGCCGCAGAGAACUCCCCUCCUCUUCCAAGCUGGCAGUUCCCCGGCGGGCACCAAGUUUGCCGCAUCACAUGCGGAGGCAAUUUUCGUCUCCGGUCAGACUCCAGCAUUAGUGCGCAAAACGGUGGAUAGUAUCCGAGAGCAGGCCAAACAGGCCGGACGGGACCCCAGAGAUAUCAAGAUUAUCUUGGGGAUACUCGUGAUCGUGGCGGAGAGCGACGAAGCUGCGUCGGCUAAGUACGAGAAGUUGAGAAGUUAUGGGGACCGGGAGGGCGCUCUGGCUCUCUUCGGCGGCUGGACUGGCAUCGACAUCUCCAAGUUCCCUGACGAUGAGGAUUUUCGAGUUGCCGAACACAAUGGCGUCCGAAAUCUGGCAAACCGGUGGGCUGCAACGGUGCCUGGUGGUGGUGAUCAGAAGUGGACCAAAGACGCGAUUGCAGACUAUCUCCUCGUCGGUGGGUCGGGCACUCGAAUCAUCGGAAGCACACAAAGGGUGGCAGAUGGGCUUGAGGAAUGGGUGCGGGAGGCCGAUGUCGAUGGAUUCAACCUUUCCAGCGCGACGAUACCCGGAACGCUGGACGAUAUCAUUGAAUUCCUGCUUCCAGAAUUGUGGAAGAGAGGACUAUUCUGGGAGGACUAUGCCGUGCCAGGAGGCACUAUCCGUGAGAACUACACAGGGCAGUUGGGUCAGAGGAGGCUCGCAGACACGCACCCGGGAUCGAAAUAUUUCUGGAAACAAGGCCAGGAGGAUCAGCCGUUUUUACAGCAAGGGCAGUGA